AUGGUCGCGGAUGACGCGCGCCCUACUGACCCACUGGCACACUUACCCAGUGACAGUGGUACUGCUUUUGGUUCGGCGAGGUCGUUCGGAACCACACCGAGGCGCCCCCACCGGCCCCGCGAAGGGGUGCAAAAUGUGGGGGAGGAGGGGGAUCCGCGCCCUUAUCCAUCAUCGCUUCUCUCCCGCUACGGGAGGUUA